AUGGUAGCAGCGGCGUGUGAUGUGGCGGUCCCAAAUUCUGGUGAUAUUGUGGCCGAGAAUAGGCCGGACCUCAUCUGGAACGUGACCAUUAGUUGUGUGAAGGGCUGGCUCAAAGCUGAUGCAAAGACGCUUACGGAUUCCAACUCCUACAACGCUUGGAUUGGGGCCAUGAUGGCUUGCAAGAAGAAAGACCUCUCCGUUGCCUUGGCUCUCCGAAUGGCCAACCCGGCCGACAUAGUUAAACGUGGCAAGCAGGCUGAUAUACUAGCCAAACGUGCGAAGCUCAAAAAGGCAAUUGCUCUUAAGAAGACUGCGAAGCGUAAGGCGGGCGAGGUUUUUGACGAGGAUUUGAGUGAGGAUGAUGACGAAGAAAUCAAUCCGGAGGACUGGAACGACAUAGACUUCCACAUGCGGGCUAUUUUUGACGCCAAUCCGAUCAACCGUGAAUACAAUGCACAUAUCCCGGUUUUCCUACACCCAACUGUCGCCAGGAGGUUCUUAUUAUUGACCAUGGAGGCAUGCCAAGAGUGGGCAUUGGCCAUUUUGGACGACAAACAGCCGGAAUAUGAUGAGUCCCCCGAAGAAGCUCACAUGGGAGGAUUUGGGGUCGCCCAGGAAGAAGAUGAAGGCAAGCCAGACCCCUGA